AUGAUCACCGAAAUCACUGUCCAAUGUGCAGACCUGGGACAAGCUCUCAGAAACUCGGACUCUGAGCUUCUACGUCUCCCAGGUGGUUUCUUUUGGGUCGCACUCGCACGAGUCGCUCGUUCUAAAUCCAUUCCCGUGCCACGCUCACACCCCUCACGCGAUCGACAACCCCCCAAAAAUGAUGGUUUUGUUAACUCCUCAUUUGCUAUUAUCGGCUCAUCAUCUCCUGUGGUCUCCUCUGCGUCCGAAUUUGAGAUGGACCUUGAUGAUGUUGACGAGGAUGAGCAUGAUGCUCGUCGAAUUAAGCCCGAGGAGAUAACAGUGCAAUUUGUGAUGGCUUUUCUUCAAUUUGCUUUGAGCCUCUGCCUAUUGCAAAAGAACUUGGAGCAACGUGGAAUGAUAGAGAUCCAGGCGCGUAUUGAUCGCCGAACAUCUACAACGAAUAUAUCGAAAGGACUCAGCGAUGUGAGCGCGGAGGAUGAUGGUGGUAUUUGUAAGGUGUGUUUCCAGGGAGAUGGAUGGGCGAUGAUAGAACCUUACUUGGCUCUUCUGGAGGCAAAGAGAGCGUUUCAGUAUAUUAAAUUUGACGAGCGUACGGGUCAUAAUACUCUGUUGAUGUCAAAUGCGGUUCUGGCUCAGUACCUCGGCGAAGCAGUCAUAGCGUGGAAAGAAAGGCAUAAAUCUCUGGGCCAAAGGUAA